AUGGAGCUAUUUGACAAAGAAAGGGUGAUGGUGGAUCUGAAGGUCGCUUCUGGAAGGCCACACAGACGAGUGGUGCAACACCAAAUGGUGUGCAGUGUGCAGCCAUGUGAAGCUCCGAAAGCCACGUCGACGGGUGAUCAGCACGAGAGGCUCUCCUGGGAUGCUCCAGUGGGUUGGGCGCCCCAUCACCGUUUCGAGUCAACGUACGCUAUGAAGGAGGACACUCCACCGUUGACUUCGGAUUUACCGCGUGGAAUACGCCAUGAGGGGCUAGCUUGCGUGGUGGCCGGACGCCUCGGCCUCGCCUGUGCAAAAGCUCCCCACAAGUCGACGCCAUGGACCAAAGCGCAGCACCGACGGGCUGGUUUUAGCGUUCCCAGAGAGAUCCUUCCCGCGAGUUCCCAAAUAACACUUUCCCACGUUCGGACGGCAACAAGCGGGCCGGAUCUUGACAUGUGGAUAGCAAAUGAGAGCAGCAGCAUGCUCUGUGUUAUCGGCCAGGAUGUCUCAAUCACCCGUGCAGUUCUCAGGCGAGGAAUGGGCUCUUCUCGGGCAGGCAGAGCCUCAUGCCUAAAGCACUCGGGCGGUCAAGCGCAAUUGGCAAAGGCAGCAUGGCUGGCGUAA